GUUCGAAUUUGGAAUUUCAAAGAGGACCAAGGAAGCACAGACAGGACGCAAAAUUGAAUCAAAAUAAUAACCAUGCAAAGGCCUAUGAAAGGCAAAACCCCCAGGAGACCGGCGCCGAAAAGGCCCUACAACAAUCAGAAGGAUCCCGUUGGGGUGUACUGCCGUGUGCGUCCACUAAGCUGCGAUGAUGAGGAAUGCUGUAUUGAAGUCAUCAGCAACACCACUAUUCAGCUUCACGCCCCAGAUGGCCUGAAGGCCAACCGAAAUGGCGAAUACAAGGAGACUCAGUACUCCUUCAAGAGAGUGUUUGGCAUUAAAACCACCCAGAUCGAGCUCUUUGAGGAUGUGGCCAAACCCCUUGUGGAUGACCUCAUUCAUGGCAAAAACGGCCUACUUUUCACAUAUGGCGUCACUGGCAGUGGGAAGACCUACACCAUGACUGGCUCGGCCGGCCAAGGGGGCCUUCUUCCCCGCUCUCUCGACAUGAUCUUCAACAGCAUUUUCCCCUACCAAGCCAAAAGAUUUGUCUUCAAGCCAGACGAUAAGAAUGGCAUGGAGGUGCAAAAUCAGGUGGACGCCCUUCUGGAGCGGCAGAAACGAGACAGCCAGCAGGCUCCUCCAAAGACUCCCAUCACUCGGCAGAGGCUGGACCCUGAAUUUGCAGACAUGAUCCGCCCAGAUGAGGCAUGCAAGGCAGACGGUGUGGACGAGGACAGCAGCUAUAGCGUGUUUGUGUCCUACAUCGAGAUCUACAACAACUACAUUUAUGACCUUCUUGAGGACACUCCGACAGACCCUCUGAAGGCCAAGUGGAACAGUGGAGGCACUCCUCUCAAGAGCAACACAGAGAUUAUACCGCCCCAGUCUAAAAUCCUCCGCGAAGACCAGAAUCACAACAUGUAUGUGGCAGGAUGCACAGAGGUGGAGGUCAAGUCCACCGAUGAAGCCUUUGAUGUGUUUUGGAGAGGUCAGAAGAAGCGCAGGAUCGCCAACACACAGCUGAACCGCGAGUCCAGUAGGUCCCACAGCGUGUUUGUGGUCAAGCUGGCCCAGGCCCCUCUGGAUGCUGACGGAGACAACGUGCUUCAGGAUAAGGCCCAGGUGGCGGUGAGCCAGCUGUGUCUGGUAGACCUGGCAGGGAGCGAGAGAACCAGCCGCACCCGCGCCGAGGGAAACCGGCUCCGAGAAGCCGGUAACAUCAACCAGUCCCUAAUGACGCUGCGCACAUGCAUUGAAGUUCUGAGAGAAAAUCAAAUGUGUGGCACAAAUAAGAUGGUUCCGUAUAGGGACUCCAAAGUCACCCAUUUCUUCAAGAACUACUUCGAUGGUGAGGGGAAAGUCCGAAUGGUGGUGUGCGUCAACCCCAAGGCAGAUGACUAUGAGGAGACGCUGCUGGUGAUGCGGUUUGCGGAGAUGACCCAGGAGGUGGAGGUGGCGCGUCCGGUGGACCGACCCAUCUGCGGCUUCACCCCAGGCCGGCGCCAGCGGAACCAGGCCUUCAAGGACGAGCUGAGCAGGCGCCUGGAGGAGCGCGGCGGGCCCGUGGACACAGGUGAACUCCCAGCGGUGCUCAACCAGCUGCUGCAGAGCUUACCCCCACUGCCCCCGGCGGAGAUCAAAGACCCGUCCGACGACCAGACGCUGCCCCGCCUCAUCGAGGCGCUGGAGAGACGGCAGAAGCUCAAGCAGAACAUCAUGGAGGAGUACAACAAGACAGCCAACCUGUUGAAGAUGAGGCUGCAGGACAUGGAUGGCAACAUCGUGAACAAGGAGAACUACAUCCACGAGCAGCGCGGUAAACUCUCGGAGAAGGACAAGCUCAUCCAGGACCAGAAGGUGGAGAUUGAGCGCCUGGAGAAGAACUCCAAGAUGCUGGAGUACAAGAUCGACAUCCUGCAGAAGACCACCAACAUCUAUGAGGAGGACAAGCGCACGCUUCAGCACGAGCUGGAGAGCCGCGAGCACCGGCUGCAUCGCGAGAUGUCGGAUAAGAAGCGCAUGGAGGCGCGCAUGCAGGGCAUGGUGCAGGACGCAAAGCACCAGUGGGAGAAGGAAUGCGAGCGUCGUGUGAACGCCAAGCAGCUGGAGAUGCAGAACAAGCUGUGGGUGAAGGACGAGAAGCUGAAGCAGCUGAAGGCCAUCGUGACGGAGUGCAAGACGCCCGAGCCGCUCUCCCUGCGGCCCCCCGACAAGCCCCAGCGGCCCUCGCGGGAGAAGGACCGCGUCGCCGCCAAGCGCUCGCACUCCCCGUCCCCCGUGCCCCAGUGUCCGCCGCAGCCCGCCCCCUUCAAGCGGGGUGGCAGCGGUGGCCUGUCCCCGGCGGCCAGCGGCGGAGUGUCGGUGGCCUCCUGCAUCUCCGAGUGGGAGCAGCGCGUGCCUCAGGGCGCUAGUGGCAGCGGCAGCAACAGACAGGGUAGCCAGUCGCCUCCGUGCAGCAGCGGGGGUGCCCACGCCCCCCGGGGCGCCGUGCCAGGCAGCCUAGACAGGAGGAGAGGCAGGCAGUGGCAGCAGCGGGAAUGGGAGGUGCCCCAGCAGCCCCCCACCGCAGACCAGGAGCUAUACCUAGAGGAGGCAGCUGCAGGUUUCAGGACGGGCGCUCCGGUCAGGCCGCACCACCGGCGCUCUCACUCGGCGGGUAACGAGCGCUGGGUGGACCACAAGCCAGUCACCAACGUGGACCUGGACACAGUGCUGCAGCCCAACCUGCCCAACGCCAUCAAGGUGUCCACGCCCAGUGAGAAGGCCCUGUCCAAGUGUGACAAGUACGUCCUCACACACCAGGAGGUGGCGUCCGAUGGAGAGAUCCAGACAAAACUAAUCAAGGGAGAAGUUUUUAAGACCAGGGGUGGCGGACAGGCCGUGCAGUUUACAGACAUCGAAACGCUGAAGCAGGAAAAUCCCACAGCACCCAGCCGUAAGAGGCGCUCAUCAGAGGGCCAUGGCCAGGGGGACGAGAAUGCAGAGGGUGGCUGGACCGACGUGGAGAACAGGUGCUCCGUAGCCGUGGAGAUGAGAGCGGGCUCUAACUUGGGGCCAGGCUAUCAGCACCAUGGAUUCCAGAAGCGGAGAAAGCCCUAAAGGACCUGCUGGACAUUCUGCACAUUGCCAUGUUAUUAUUGCCCUGAAACCUCACGCUGUUUGUGCAAUAGCAGAUUCACUUUAUACUAUUUAUCUUUUUUUCCCAUCUGUAUAUAGUCAAAUCACUUGCCAAAGUCAGUUUUAAGUACAUUUCUAUAAUAUUGUAGUGAGGGCUGUUUUUAAGAGAUCAGUAUUUUGCAUCAUGAUCACAGGUAGAAAGAGGAAAUGAAUGAGAUGAAAUGUGUUCCUAUGUGUUUACACCAUGACUGCAGACUGUUCUAUUACUCCUUUUCGCCGUAUCCUUCACUGCCAUUGGACUGAAGUCGGGUGAAUCGGCAAAUGCAGGUUGAGUUUAUAUUCUCACGCUUGAGCUGUCGGCUUUUGAAAAGGCUCUAGAAUGUUGCACCAGCCUUUUGUACCUUUUCACUUCUGCAUUUUGUAUUUUCGUUUCAAAAAAUGUUUUUGUUGUUGUAAAACAGAAUGUAAAAUAAAUUGAACACUGAAGUUUCCUCUAAA